AUGUCUGGCAGCGAAGGAACCAAAAGCGCGGCAGAAGAAUCUGUCCAGGCACUGGAGCCGCAGAAGGAGGCGAGGAAGGCAGGCGUGGCUUUCAUCUGCAAGAAAGGAUCUGUCCCGCAGCUGGCCAGACAGCCGGGGGUCCCGCCAGCCAGCUACCAGCUCCUCUCCCCUCCGGAGAAGAGUCUGGGGGCUGUCGGUGGGUUUCUGUCGGGGCACGGUGACACCAGCCGGGAGGCCCAAGUGACCCGGCUGCGCAACGAGAGACAGUUGGUGGCUUUGCCCAGUGACAGCGCCACACAGGUGCUCCCGCACGGCCGGACGGGGUCACAGCCGGAGGACCUAAACAAGACCAGGGAAAGAGAUGUGGUCUCUUGUUUCUUGUUUCACUUGUCUGUUGUGGCUAAACCCACAUCCUCUUUCUGCACAGCUCUGAGCAGCGCACGAGACGUCCACCUGCCCCCCGGGCCCUUGCGCCGUGUGGCGGGCACCUCUGUCUCCAUCCCCUGCAACGUGUCGGAGUAUGAGGGACCCACCCAGCAGCACUUUGAGUGGUUUCUGUACCGCCCGUCGGCUCCCGACAUCUCCAUCGGGGUGAUCAGCACCAAGGACCCCAACUUCCCGUAUGCUGUCUUUGGGCCACGGGUACAGGCCGGAGAGGUGUCCGUCCAGCGUGUGCGGGGGGAUGCCGUGGAACUGCUCAUCAAGGAGAUACGUACAGAAGACGCGGGGAUCUAUGAAUGCUACACCCCCUCCACCGACUCCAAAUACCUCGGCACCUACAGCAGCAAGGUGGAACUCAAAGUGAUGCCCGACAAGCUCUCCGUUUCGGCCGCCCCUCCUCCCGCCACGAGGACCCCCUUCCGGGCCCGUGGGGCCGUCGCUGCCUCCCCCCGCCUGCCGCAGAUGACCCUUCCUGAGAGCCAGGAGCUCCGGCUGACCUGCACGGCCCUGACCGGGACCCAGGAGCACACCCACCUCUCCGUCUCCUUUGGCUUCUCCGGGCUGGAGCCCCCCGGGGGUCGCGGGACGGUGCAGGAGGUGAUCGGGGUGCGGAGGGAUUUUGCCGUGGAGGCUGGCGGGCGCUUUGCGGAGCGGCACAAAGGCCAAGAGCUGUCGGUCACCAAGCAGGGGCCCCAGGAGUACCAGAUGGCACUGGGUUGGCUGAGGCCGGACGACACGGGGGUCUACCACUGCACCGCGGGGGAGUGGAUCCAGGACCCCGACGGCAGCUGGCAGCUGAUCAUUCAGAAGCAGGUGGCGCUGGCCCAGGUGACGAUCCAGACCAUCGCCAGCCAGCUGUCGGUGUCUGCGAGCCCUCCCCAGAUCCGCGUCAGCCCCGGAGAACCCCUGGAGCUUCUCUGCCAGGCCUCCGGCCUCCUGGCUUCCCCUUUGCCCCGCGUCGCCUACACGGUGGGCUGGGAACUGAGCACGGGAGGCGCCACGGAGGGACGCCUCGUGGCCCAGGUGGACACAGAUGGAGCAGUCAUCCUGGGAGACGGCUACGCCAACCGCGAUGUGGGCCGACGGCACGUGUCCCUGCAGAAGUUGGGCUCGCCCCCUGGCUCCUACCGGCUGCGGAUCGAGUCGGCCCAGCCGGGGGACGCGGGCACCUACCAGUGCGUGGUGCAGGCUUAUGUCCUUUCGCCGAAAACGGAGCUGCGCCAAGUGGCCGCCAGCAGGUCGCAGGGGCUGGCCGUGGACAUGAAACCUGAAGCUGUGGUGCUGGGCGCCAGUGCGUGGCUGCCGUCCCCCACCAUCUACCGGGGGGACACGGCCGAGGUGCGCUGCAACAUCUCUGUGGAAUCGACGCAGGCGGUCCACGUGGCGCUCAGCUGGUGGGUGGAGCUGGCCCGGGAGGACGUGGAGGUGCGUGGGCACAUGCUGGCCUCGGUGAGCCGCGAGGGGGUGGCAGUCCUCGGGCCCCGUCCGUCCGGGGGCGCCGUGAGUGUGGAGAAGGUGGGGCCGCAGAGCCAUCAGCUGCGCAUCCACGAGGUCCAGCCGUCGGACGAGGGGAAGUACCACUGUGCCCUGACCGCCUGGGUGCGCUCGCCAGACCUCAGCUGGUACAAUGCCGGAGCCGUGCAGUCCAAUGCCGUCACUGUCUACCCCUACGCCCUGCCCCUGGACACCUUGUUCAUCCCCCUCCUGGCAGGGAUCUCCAGUGCCCUCUUCAUGGGCAUCACCGUCCUCACCACCGUCACCUGCUGCUUCAUGAGGAGGCUCCGCAAGAGGCAACUUCCUCCGUCUCCGUGAGUCCGUCCCUCUUCCAGCAUGCUUCCUCUUUCCUUGCACGAGGCGACCAGGCCCC